UCUCCAGGGCUUUGCUUAAGAAGGCUCAGACUGAUAUUAGUCAUUCUUUUUAUGAGCCACAGAUUCAGAGAUGUUUUAUGGUGUUUAAGAUGCACCGAGCCUACCAGUCAAUUUUACCAUGUGGCAACAAAUAUCUUCAGCAAAAAUGGGACAGAGCAAACUAUGAAGACCACAAGAAGAGGAUCCAGACAGCCAAAGCGAUAGUGGACACUUCUACUCCUCCCACAUAUGGCCAUCUGCACUUGAAGUUGAAGAAGCUGAAGCUUGAGGAGGAGCGACUUUCACUCAUCGAAAGAGACAACCGUUUGCUGCUGGAAAAGAUGUCCUGCAUCAUGAGGACGAAGGGACGAAUUGAUAACAAAAAUGACUAUGAGACCAAAAGUUUAAACAGGGAAAAACGAGAGAAGGAACUGCUGAGAGUGAGCAAGGAAAACCGUGCCAUUCUGGAUAGGAUUACGAAGUCUGAGCCUCAGUAUCAAGUUCAGAGGUGGCAUGAAGAUUGGCAAAGAGCUGAGAAAUACAUGAUCAGCAUUGCAAGAUAUCCUCCUGGCUGGUAUAAAUCACACAACCAAAAGGAACAAAAAUUUAAAAAGAAGGGACCAAAACGAGAGCAAAAUAGAGAUAAGCAACUGAAUGGAAAGCGUGUGAAAAGUGAGGAGGAGGAGGAGGAGGAAGAAAGAGGGCAUAUUCAAAGUGCAGAAUACAAUGAUCACCAAGAGAGAAACAGUGUCUCAGAAAAUGUAUAAUGCUCCCCCUCCAUUUUGGGGGCAGAACUAUGGGUGAGCAGUGACUGCAAGAGCCUAGCAUAUUAUCAUCUUAAACAGGCUACCGUAAGUGUAGGUCUUAGGCAUGUCAGGUCUUUAUUAUAAUUAGGGAAGUGUAGGACAAGUAAUGCAGGGUAGGAUAUGAAAACUUUUCUUUGUCAUUGCCAAGAAAUACCUAACACUGUAUGACGGCUGAUAAACAUUAAUGAAAUGGGGAGCAAAGCUGGAACUAUGAAUUGAUUUUAGUAUAGGUAACUAAUCCAGCUGACUCAUACUAAAUUUUUCCUCUUUUUUUUUAAAUCACUUCAGUGUCCAAAGAUCUACCAGUGAAAACUGACUUGGGUGACUGCAUGCAGUUUUAAGCAGGGGGUUAAAAUGUGUUUAGGGGCUGGACCAUCUCUUUUGAACAGAGCAAUGGCUGGAUGAAGAACUUCCCCUCCUAUUCACAAUUACACAGACCACUUCCUUCCCUAUUCAUGACUGCAUGCCACCUUUGUGUCAGUUACAGUAGUGUCACAUGGGGUGGGCAAAGGAGCACAUGCCCUGGGUACUGCCUAAGGGGGAGCCAGAAGGAUGGGGCAGAGGGACUCCACUUUCCCCCAGGGCUACUACCUGCUUCACUGUUACCUUUACAGAGGGCUUCAGGAAGGCGCUGGCACAGACGAUGUGUGUAAUGAAGCACAUGGCAUUCUGGGAAUCACAGUUUGGCAGGGCAGCAGUAGAGUUCAGUGCUGUUGGGGGAAGAACUGAGCUCGUUUUUUUAGCCAAUUAAAUCAGCAUUUUUUUGCCCUCUGGACAUGCGCUUCAGUGGCCAAACCAGAGUGAAAGUUUCCCCCUGGUACUGCUCUAGAAAACUAUGAUUCCCAGAACACCUUGCACCGGCUGCUGCUUGCUGCUGUUCUUCCACCUGCAAGCCAGAAGGUACAGGGAGGAAGGGAGUUUAGGGGAGGGUGAGAUGACUGCCCAGGGUACAUUUUGUCCAUGGUAGGCCAUAGUCAGUUAUGGUAACUGCAUUCAGAGACUGUACCAUUAGAAGGAUAUGAAAUAUAUUCCUAGUUUCCUUUAAUGGAAUCAAGUGGCUUAAAGCAAGGAGACACAGCACAGCGUGACCAGCUAGCCCUAUAUGCACAACCAGGAAGUGUUCUACAAGCCACCAAGGGCCUACAGGAUAGAGCGUGGGAACUUCCCUACUAGAGGAUGCAUUCCAUGUUAUUUAGUUUUAAAAUGUGAUACUUCAUAAG